AUGAUCCUGUCGCGCUUCUACUUUGGCGUGCUUCAUGUCGUGUGUCCUCUUCGCGCAGCCCAGGCAGCCGUUACGAGCAUCACGUCUAGACUCACCGGUGUUCGCAGGCGCAAGCCGAUCAAGGCAGCCUCGCAUCGAGGCACGUACAAUGAUGAGCCUAUGGGCUCAAGUCCGAUGUCUGCGUUCGCCAAGAAGCACGUGGCUUGCGACGAGAUGCUAAGAUAG